AUGUAUUCCUCUUUAAGUUCCCGGAGCUCAUCUCAAGAACCAUUCUUGUGGAACGAGAGUUCUUUUUUAGAUCAAUCAUCUGAUCUUCAAUCCUUCUUUUGCCCUAAUUAUAAUCACACCGAUGACUUCUUCUCGUUUGAGUAUUCAGAGAUGAUGAUUAAAGAAGAAACCCAAAACGGCGACGUUUCUUACUCGGAGGAAGAAGAAAAGAUUGGUACUAUUGAUGAAGAAAAGUCAUAUAGAGGAGUAAGGAAAAGGCCAUGGGGAAAAUUUGCGGCGGAGAUAAGAGAUUCGACUAGGAACGGGAUUAGGGUUUGGCUCGGGACUUUUGACAAAGCCGAGGAAGCUGCUCUUGCUUAUGAUCAAGCCGCUUACGCAACAAAAGGAUCUCUUGCGGUACUCAACUUCCCCGUGGAAGUGGUCAGAGAGUCCCUCAAGAAAAUGGAGAAUGUGAAUCUUGAAGAUGGAGGAUCUCCGGUUAUGGCCUUGAAGAGAAAACACUCGCUUCGAAAUCGACCCAGAGGGAAAAAGAGAUCAUCUAAUUCUUCUUCUGCUUGUUCUUCUAAUUCUUGUUCUUAUUCAUCUUCGUCCUCGUCUUCCUCAUCUUCAAUAUCAAGAAGUAAUAAGCAGAGUGUUGUGAAGCAAGAAAGUGGUACACUUGUGGUUUUUGAAGAUUUAGGUGCUGAAUAUUUAGAACAACUUCUGAUGAGCUCAUGCUGAUCUUGUAAUUGAUUCCAGCUAUAGAAAUCACUAAAACUUUAAUUGCGUGGUUGUUCUGAGAUUUGUUUGUUCAUUCUGUAAUUUCUUUGGUUCUCUUAUUUUUCCUUUGUUGUAUCCAAACGAAAUUAUUGGAAGAGAUGCAAUGGUGAUGUUGAACUGUAUAAAAACUC